UUCAACCCUCCCAGAUCGACACGCAUCAGCCUCACAGCCAACCACCGAAGAGCCAUUCCUCACCAGCAUCACCAUCUCCCUCAACAUCAACAGAUCAUCCACCACGAUGGCCACCUCUGCUAACGAGCGCUUCGCGGCCCUCUCGCCCACCAACCAGGUCUGCGCCCAUGUCUCGCUCAAGAUGGCCCAGGCCGCCUCCAUGAUCUUCCCUCCCGCCUAUGUCGGACUCUCCCUCAUCCGCCGGCGCCCCAUGAGCGUGUCGCGCGCGAUGCGCGGCGCCGAGAUCAGUGUUUUCGGCGCUGCCGCUCUCGGGUGGGGUGUCGGGUAUGCGCGCCUGCAGAACCAGAGCCCGGAGGCCAUCGAGGACCGUGUGUACCGUCUUAAGCACAAGAAGACGCAAGUGCGCGCAGACGACUACUCGUUCAUCGGCGCUUUCAUGGGCAUUCUCCUCUUCCCGGCCAUCUUCCUCAAGCGUGCGAACAUUGUGCAGCUCGCGGCAGGCGGCGCGUCUCUCGGCCUCGGCGCCGGUGUGUGGGUCCACGUUGCCAAGGGCUUCUCCGAGGGACGUGAAAUCAAGCCUGAAGGCAUGGCAAGCGAGCUGCCGGAACUCAAAAAUUAAGGAUACGAUCGGCGAUGGACAAUGGGCACCUGGUAGAGCAGCGAUACCGAUGCACGGCGACAAGUCAGCGCGGACAUCCGGG